UGCUGUUUGCUGUUAGGGUUGAGCAACAGCAAAGUGUUGUGCAACCCUAGCGGUUCUGGUUCAGUGUUGGGCAACGAUUCGAGGAUGACAGCGAGAAUGUAGUAGUCCGUGAGUUAGACUUUUAUUCGGUUCGCAGGGAGCAUACAUUUUAUUUUUGGCAGUCACACAAAGAAAACUAACGAGAAGCAAACGUAAGAGAAAAAGGAGAAAUGUACCGACUAUUGCUGGCCACCACGGCCACCCGAUUCCAGCGCGGAAAGUCCGCCAGCGGAAAGCUGCUGCUGCUCAACGCCACCCGUUACCUGUCGAAGGGGCCAGCACCAAAGGCGGGCAAGCCGAGCACGGCCCCCAAGUGCAAGCCGGUGCCUGUGCCGCCGCCGAAACCGGGAUACUUCCCCAGCGGCGGGAUGCACGCCGUCUUCAGUGACCUGCCGAUGCCCGAGGGCGACUUCAUGCAGGCGUGGGCCGCGAAGAACUCCAAGUACAACAUGUUCAUGCUCAGCGGCCUGUUGGCGUUGAUCGGGAGUCUAUAUCUGUCGUACAUGACGCUGGAAAUGUACGCCAGUGUGCCCGACUAUCCCUACACCGAGGAGGAGCAGGAGGAGUUUGAAAUCGAGGCAGAGCGCCUCCAGGAGGAGAAGGAGGCGCGCGAGCAGCGUCACCAGGAUGCAGUGGAGGCCGCCGAGACCGCUCGCCGUGCCCGCUUGGCCAGGGAGGCCAUGGUGCGCGAGUCGGCGCUGAUGAACAAGGACAUGGAUGGGGGCCUGGAUGCCAAGGAGGCUGCUGAGCUGCAGAAGCUGGCCACCGAGCGCGAGGCGUAUGCGGAGUGGGAGAAGGAGGAGGUGAAGCGCCUCGCCGAGAAGGCCAAGGAGCGCAAAGAGGCCGAGAAGGAGAAGGCCAAGGCCAAGGCCGAGCGUGACAAGGAGCGCGAGAAGAAGCGCAAGGAGCGGGAGAAGGUGCUCAAGAAGGAGGAGGCGGAACGCGAGAAGGAACGCGAGAAGGCACGCAAGGAGCGCGAAAAGUCCCGCAAGGAGGAGGAGAAGCAGAAGGCGAAGGAGAAGGCCGAAAAGGAGAAGGCCAAGAAGGCCCUAAUGGCCUAAGCACUCUCCCACCCACUUUACAUUUAUAUUUUUCAGCUGCCAAACACUGACACACACUUGCUGUUUUUGUUGGGGCUGCAAUCCAGACACUCAAAUCACACACACACACACACACAAAGAAAGUACACUCUCCUACAGCCAGAUAUUGGCACAGACACUCGAUAACUUGGAAUACAAAUGUCACGACGCACACUCUUCGAAUGGAUUGGAGCAAAUGUUGAAUAAAAUUAACAGAAUGCUGUUGCUGUUGGUCAAACAUUAGA